AUGAGUAAUCCCACACAAAUCUUUGGAGAGGACGUUACGGAGGAGAGGGGAGAAAAUGCCAGAUUGUCCGCUUUUGUUGGUGCGAUAGCUGUAGGGGAUUUGGUUAAGACGACUUUAGGUCCGAAGGGGAUGGACAAGAUAUUACAGUCAGCCUCGACAGGACAGAUAAUGGUGACUAACGACGGUGCCACCAUCCUGAAGUCGAUAGCGCUCGACAAUGCUGCUGCUAAGGUUCUUGUCAACAUCUCAAAGGUCCAAGACGACGAAGUUGGUGAUGGUACCACAUCUGUAACUGUCCUUGCUGCAGAGCUCCUUCGCGAAGCAGAGAAACUUGUCGAUCAAAAGAUUCACCCUCAGACCAUCAUUGACGGAUACAGGGUCGCAUCUGCAGCUGCUCUUGAGGCAUUAAGGAACAGUGCAGUUGAUCACAGGGAGGAUGCGGAGAAAUUCAAGCAAGAUCUUCUGAGUAUCUCUAGGACAACGCUGAGCUCCAAGGUCCUGUCCCAGGACAAGGAGCACUUUUCUAAGCUUGCAGUGGACGCGGUUCUUAGGUUGAAGGGAAGUACCAAUUUGAACAACAUUCAGAUCAUCAAGAAAGCAGGAGGAAAGCUUAGUGAUUCGUAUUUGGAUGAGGGUUUUAUUUUGGAUAAAAGAAUUGGUGUCAACCAGCCAAAGAGACUUGAGAAAGCCAAGAUCCUUGUGGCCAAUACCGCUAUGGAUACCGAUAAAAUCAAGAUAUUUGGCGCUCGUGUCAAAGUUGAUUCUACCGGCAAACUCGCCGAGCUUGAAAAGGCUGAACGUGAAAAGAUGCGUGCCAAGGUUGAGAAGAUCAAGGCUCAUGGUAUCAACUGUUUUGUCAACCGUCAGCUGAUCUAUAACUGGCCUGAACAAUUGUUUGCGGAUGCUGGAAUCAUAUCUAUUGAGCAUGCUGACUUUGACGGCAUUGAGCGCCUUGCUCUUGUUACCGGGGGUGAAAUUACCUCUACUUUCGAUCAUCCUGAGUCUGUCAAGCUAGGCCAAUGUGAUCUUAUCGAAGAGGUCAUCAUCGGAGAAGAUACUUUGAUCAAGUUCUCUGGUGUCGCAGCUGGCGAGGCAUGCACAAUAGUUCUUAGGGGAGCUACCGAGCAGCUGUUAGACGAGGCUGAGAGGUCUCUCCAUGAUGCUCUUUCCGUUCUCUCUCAGACUGUUGUGGAGACCAGAACUGUUCUCGGCGGAGGUUGCUCGGAGAUGAUCAUGAGUAAAGCGGUUGAGCAGGCUGCACAGAAUACCCCAGGAAAAAAGGCCCUUGCCAUCGAAGCAUUUGGCAGGGCACUGAGGCAACUCCCAACAAUUUUGGCCGACAACGCGGGUUUUGACAGCAGUGAAUUGGUUGCGAAGUUGCGUGCCGCUAUCAACAACGGAAUGUCCAGCUCUGGACUAGAUCUGUACUACCCAGGUGGAAGAAUCGGAGAUAUGAGAGAACUUGGCGUGAUUGAAAGUUACAAACUUAAACGUGCUGUUGUCUCAUCUGCAUCAGAGGCUACAGAGAUGUUGCUUAGAGUCGAUAGUAUUGUCAGAUCAAAGCCAAGAAUGCGUGAGCGCCAUUAG